GUCAAGUGUCAACUGUCAAACAUCUUAGGAAGUUCUGUUGAAUCAUAAGUUGAUUCGGAUUUCGGUUAUUUUAUCUAAAAUCAUCUUUUUUGAUUUAUUUUCUAGUCGGUAUAGAAUCAUUUAACAACUUAUUUAGUGUUUGUCAAAUUUAGAGAAAUGGCUGAUCCAGAAUUAGAAAAAAUAAGGCAGCAGCGUCUAGCCCAAUUACAGGCACAACAUGGGGGAGGUGAUCCAAAUCAAGCUAAGGCCCAAGAGGAACGAAUGCAAGCAAUGGAAGAAGCAAAACACUCAAUUCUGUCACAAGCACUGAGCCAAGAUGCCAGAGCAAGAUUAAAUACAAUCAAAUUAAGUAAACCGGAAAAAGGAGCUAUGGUGGAAAACAUGAUCUGUAGAAUGGUUCAAAUGGGACAAGUCAGUACUAGAAUAUCUGAGCAGGAACUGAUUCAACUCCUUGAAUCUCUGAAUCAGCAGAUGCCUAAAUCGACAAGCACUGUUAAGUUCGACAGAAGAAGAGCAGCACUUGAUUCUGAUGAUGAUGAUGAUUUAAUCAUGUAACUUCAAAAUGUCAGAUUUCUGUAAUUGAAAAAAGUGCUUCUUUUAGUUCUUUAACAUGAUUUAACACAUUUAAGAUAAUAUCUUUAAUUUUGAGCAAUAAACCUUUUUAUGCUCUUUUUUUUCUCCAAUAAAAAUAUAUAUUGCAUUAUUAUAAAAGUAGUAAAGCUUGUUAACAAAACUGCAUGUUACUAGUUACUUGUUUUUCAAUUAUGAAUACUUGGGAAUCUGUAUGCUUUUCUGAGAAAUGAUAGAAAGAACCAGCAUAGACAAACUGCAAAGGGAAAGACAGUGAAUAGAUGAUUAGGGAAAUGGGUUCAAAAAGCUGCCUUAUCCUUCAGCCUGACUUUUCCAUCUUAGACUAUUAUCAUGGAAUUCUGUUUUUUAUCAUUUUGGUCACUUGUCUUAUUAAGUAAAAAACUUUUCAUUACUUUUUAGUGUUGUGGUUUAGAUAUAUAAAAAAAAAUAAUGCAAUAAAGUUAAUAAACAAUAAUUUAAAAAAAAACUACACAAUAAAAAGUAAAGAUUGUUUACAUUGUAAGAUAGGUCAGGAAAAAUAGAUUUUAGUUGAUAUUGCAUUUGUAAAGUUGAAAUAAGUAUUGCCUACUAUUGGAGUGUUAGUUUUUUUUUUAACUUAUUUUAAUUAAACAGAGGAAUUAAGAUUGAUAUAUUUAUUUGUAGUGAUAUAACACAUUGCUUCAUUGCCUUAUAAUAGAUAUACAUUACACAAAGAAUAUAAUAACUAUCUUGAAUUCACUUGUUUGGGGCCAAUUUUUCAAUUGUUGAUUAAUAAUCUUCAGCAGAGAAAUACAUUUAACAUUGUGUCAGUUAUUGUCCAUUGUAAUCCUCGGGCAUUAUCUAAACAUUGAAGAAUCAGCUUGUAAAUGAUAAAUAACUGCGGCAUGUAUACAACAUAUGUGAAAAAAUUAUUUCUAUAAAAUGUAUACAAUGUUAUGACCGUUCUUUAAAUGAACUUAAAACAACUAAAAGUCCUUUACUACUGUAAGAAAAAAAGGGUCAAAUUAAUA